GUGUUUCAAACCAAUAAGAAUAUYACGAAAACUCAGUAGUAAAGAGAUUUUGGACUCGACGUAAAACGCUGCACUGUGAUCGGCCUAUCGCGAAAAAAAACCAAGCGGCAACUGGUAACUGCUGCGUAAACAAGUAAAAGAAAUUAUUCAACCGCUGCUGAUAAGAUAAGAAAAAAAAACUUUUACGAUUUUCCGGCUUCCGCAUUCAAUACAUACCUUCGUUUUCAAAGCACAAGUCUUUAAUAAUUACUUACUGAGCCUUACCGAUGUGAACAGAACAAGUGCACUGGUAACACGAAGUUAUUGACGUUAUUCUAUAUUCCAUAAGGCUGAUAAGUUAACUUGCCAAGACACUAAACAAUGUCUCAAUUCAUGAAACAUAUAAUUAAAUGCAACAUUUCACAAACAUAUCUUCAAUAUUUUCCAUUAAAGAACAUUCAAGCUCGACAUUUAAAUUUAUUAGAAUGUCAUAGCAAAGACUUAUUGAAUCAACAUGGAGUCUCGGUUCAAAAAUUUAAAAUUGUGGAAAAUGCAGAUGAAACAAACAAUUUGUUAAAAUCAUUUGAUGUAGAAGAAUAUGUAUUAAAAGCUCAAGUAUUGGCAGGGGGGCGAGGAAAAGGCCAUUUCAGUAAUGGAUUCAAAGGAGGCGUUCAUGUCACAAAGGAGCGACCGUACAAAGUAGGCCAGGUGGACCAUGUCCAACUCUCUAAACCAUACUUGUUAUAUAUAUUGUGA